ACUAUUGCUGGAUGGCGCGCUCGUCUUGUGGGCUGGCUCUGCUGCGUGCCUAUUUAGAACACAAACGGUCAACUAUAGAGAUGCAGUCGCAACUACCACACUGGCUACUGGAAUGAUGUCACGACAUAGUAUCACUGCAAUACAGGCCGGAUGCUGGACUCCUUUGGUGCUCUGGAUCGCUGUGCGUAUGUUGAAUGGACACUUUCUAUCGUCUCAUAUCGUUUCCGUGGACAUCUGCACUCCGUCAUCGUACUUUGUCGUAUUUCCUGCUUCAUCCACUACGGUUUUGUGAUUUAAACGAGUCUUGUUUCAUUGCCCUAUAUAGACGCUACAGCACGCUUCAUGGAAUGGGAUAUGGGUAUACUACUUUAGUUGGAGUAUAUACACUCCCGCUCGUCACUCAAUACUUGGAACGAACGUUGCCCCGAGCCCAGUUUGGGACGUACUCAAGCGCUCUCGAGGCUGUUAUCGUUAGCGUGCAUAUCAUGCCUCUUGCUGGAUCUCCCUGGUGCUAUCACAUGUCGCACAAAAUGGUCGACCCCUUCGACUGGGUGAAGGACAGUCUGUCGUAUGAGAGCUUUGGCAGUACUCUUCCUCGGAACCAUUACAUGCCAUUCCGUGCCUUCAUCGUUGAAGCCGAGAUAUCACCAGUGGGGAAACACAGCGAGUUGCUUCUGAGGUGGGGCAAUAGCAGAGGGAGGAACACUCUUCUGGUCGUCCUUGACUGCUCCCUCCUGGAGUCAGGAGGGCACAUGGACGUAAUUAAGACCUCUCAACUUUUACCCCCGCACGUUGUCCUCCGAUCAGCAAGAAUACAUACGUCACUACCGAAAUUUACGUACUCAUUUAGAAAAAGAACCCAAAUAGGGGCUCGAGAGGCGGCUCACGGCGAGGACUUUAUAUGCGGUACCGUAAAAACUCAACUGACCAUUAAGCUGCGCACGCAGCAGAGGAAUAUUAAUCUCCUGAUGCCUAUAAACAAAUUGUCACCUUUACGGCGCAAGCAAGCGCCACCGUGA